AUGCCCGCGCACAGAACGGGGGUAGGCAAAACCAACCCUGCACAUAAUGACGUAGAGAAAGCGACCCUCAAGGAAGGAAGCAAAAUUCCAGGAUUCGGUAGAUACGGGAUUGGCUGGCCAAUGCUUCCCCUUCUGCUCCUCAGCGCAGAUUGCACUGAGACCAAUAGCCGCAAAUGUGGGCGUUGGCGGCUGGUGCAUCACUAUCGUCAUAGCCUACUGUCCCUGUGGCUAGGUCAACUCCACUGGGGGAGCUUUUGGUACAGUGACAACCACCACAUCAUCCGCCUGUGUCCAAUGGCCGUCAGGCACGCAUUACCUAUGGGCAUAACAUUUCCUGGGCGAACGAUACACCAGCGUUGA